CAAACCGGUAGAAGCUGGCAAGAGGCAGGAAGGACUCACCCAAGAGGAUUUCAGAGUCUGCUAGUCUAGCCCUUGAAUAAAAGGCCAGGUCACCUGUGUCCUGCUUCCUCCCCUCCGGCCUGGGUCAUGCUCCAGCUCCUCGCCAGCCUGGCGCUCUGGGGGGCGCUGGCCUCCCCAGCAGGGACCUCCAAGAUGUGUCCAGUCUGCUCUUUGCUGGGAAACUGCACCGAGAUGGCCUGUCCUCCCACCAAGGACGCCUGCGUGUUUGGCCAGAUGGAGCUGGAAAAUGGGAAUCUCAUCAAGAAUGGCUCGUGUGUAGCCCCUGGGGAAUUCCAAGAAGGCAUCUACACCGUGACCUACGGCCCCCACUCGAGUCUCUGCACGGCCUGUUGUGUAAACAGCCAUGGCAGGGCCACCCGACAAGAGGCAGGGCCGGAAGCCCAGCACAAUGGAGUGAAAUGUCCCUACUGUUCUGGGAAUACAUCAGCUUCAUGUGACCCCCUUUCGGUCAUGAACUGCAACGGGGACCAGACUAUGUGUCUCACCCUCAAUGGGACAUGGAAUGGAGGGGGUCCCCAAAUCCUGAAGGGCUGUGCUACCCCAAAUGUCUGCCACCUGCAAGUGAACACCACCCUGGGGCCGGAAGCUUCUGGAUUUCGUCUCAUCAGCCAGCCUGAAUGCAACUAUGUGGUUACACCCACCCAGCCAGGUCCCCCUGCAACCACAACUCUGACCACGGAUAGGGUCACUGUCUGUUUCACCUGCUCAGGACUCAAUGAUUGUGACGCUGUCUUCUGCCCAGCAGAUCGAAACUACUGCCUUCAGACAACAGGUGUCAUAGCCUUAGGCAAAGGUGGCUUUCAUGCCUGGAGAAAGGGUUCCUGUGUGGCCCCCAAGGACUGCAGAUUCGGCAGCUCUGUCUCUGCCUUCACCUACAACGUUGACUUUGGCUUCUGGAUCAACUCCACCUGUUGCCAAGGCAACUGCCAAGCACCUGCUCCUCCCGAAGUUCUGCCAGUGUCACACGCCAUGAGCGAGUUCCUGUGUCCUACAUGUCCUAGUGGCCACCUGGGGCUCUGCAAUUCCUCCUUCUACAUGCAGUGUCCCGUCGGGGAGACUGAAUGUGUCCAGCUGGACCUGGUGCCUAUAGAAGGCAGCUGGAACGUGACCCUGCGCGGCUGCGGCUCCCAGAACCUGUGCGGGGUCCCCGCCGCCACCACCAAGGGGCUGCUGACGUUUCCAGGCCACCGGCUGGCGCAGCGGCUCCACUGCAGCUCCAGCCAGCGCGCCGUCAUGCAAUCCCAGUGCCUCUCGGGCGCGCCGCCCGGCCUCCGCCUCGCCCUGUCCCUGCCGCUGGUGGCCCUGGGCUUCCUGGCCCUCUCCUGAGCAGUGCCGCCCCCGCCACCCUCGCUCGCCCCGCAGCCACUCAGCCCCGCUUGCUUCCCACCCCGCUAGAUGGCUCCCUGGCUCCCCUCGACUUCCACGGUUCUAGGCCUGGAAGCUUCUGGUGAGAAAAGUCACAAGCCAGGGGUGAGCCUCCUCCCUCAGCCCAAGGGCUUCCCCAAGGCCCUCUUAACACCAGGGCCCGCCCUCGGACUAGGGACUAGCCUCCCUCAGACCUCCGUGGACACACAUCCUUCAUGGGGGCGGGGGCGGCAAAGACUAAUCCUCUUUCCUCAAGCUAGGGGCUCUCCAACACCAGGCCGCUCCCUUAGACUAGGGCUGGGUCUCUUUUCUAGAACAUUGGGAAACAGCUCCUUCUGGCUUCCUCUUCAGGGUUUAGCAAAGUCCUGGACAGCUCCCUCUGCCUGGAACCCCCCAUCCACACCCCACACAUCCGCUUGGCCCUCUGCUCAGAUGUCACCUCCCUCAGACAUCUCAUAAAAAAAAAAAAAAAAAAAAAAGACCUACCCCUUCUGCAGCCUUCCCAUUUCUCUUCCCUGCACUGGGUUUAUUAUGUGCCUCCCCCACUAGAACCUAAACCCUCCUGAGAGCAGAGAGUUUUCUUUACUAUGCACACUCAGUGUCUAGAACUGGGCUUGACGCCGCAUAUCGCAUGUGAUCAAUAAAUAUUUGUCCAAUUCA